AUGCAAAAUAAUUUAGAACAAUUUAUUCUUGUCUGUCUUGAUUCACCAUUAAACCAAUUAUGUGGUUAUCUUGAAGAAUUUCGACGUCUAAUGAAUUACAUAAAACGUUUCAAUGAAGUAGAUUCUUGUGUGGAUUAUAUUACAAAUAUUAAAAAUGAAAAAAUAUUCUUAAUUAUCUCUGCUGAGUAUGUUUCAUUGACAUCAUUUGUAUAUCGUUUGCAACAGAUCUAUUCUAUUUGUAUAUUCAAUGUCAAUAUAUGUCGAGAAGCAAGUGAAGAUACUGUCAAUUUUCGAAAAGUUCAAGGUCAGUUCGGAAGAAUCAAUGAAUUAAUGGGACAAAUAGAAUAUGAUAAGAAACUUCUUGUACAAAAUCUGCUAACAAUAAAUAAUUUUCCAGAACAUACUUUAGGAUCAUUUAAACUCAAAAAGUAUCGUACAAAACAACAUUCAAAUUCAUCAGAAAAAAAGCUAAUUGUUUAUCGAGGACUUGGAUUACCAAAUGAUGAAUUCGAAAAAUUACAAAAAGGUCAUUUGAUAUCAUUCAGUGAAUUUUUAUCGACAAGUGAAAAACAAGAACUAGCAGAAAUUUAUGUUCAACAUGGACUCAAUGAUAUACAAGUGAUUUUUUUUGAAAUUGAGCUAGAUUACACAAUUCAAACAUCAACUCCAUUUGCUCAGAUAUCUGAACAAAGUCAAUUUGAUUGA